CCGUUGCCCUAAUUGUUUCGCUUUGAAUCCCGAGUAUAGUAUAGGACGACAGCACGGCCGAACAGUGUUGUGUAGUAGUCGCAAGUCGCCAGUUUUCCCCACCCUCCCUCCGCACGAGAGACGACAGAGCACGGAGAAAGCGAACGACCGCGGCGAUGCUCUACAUAGUCGGCCUCGGCCUCGGCGACGAGCGCGACAUCACGGUGCGGGGGCUCGACGCCGUCCGCCGCUGCGCCAAGGUCUACAUGGAGGCCUACACCUCCCUCCUCUCUCUCGGCCUCGACCCCGCCUCGCUCGCCAACCUCGAGAAGAUGUACGGCAAGGAGAUCACGGUCGCCGACCGCGAGAUGGUAGAGGAGCGGGCGGACCAGAUGCUGAGCGAGGCCGCGGACGCCGACGUCGCCUUCCUAGUCGUCGGCGACCCGUUUGGGGCGACCACACACACUGAUUUGGUUGUUCGUGCCAAGAACAUGGGGGUAGAGGUUAAGGUUAUCCACAAUGCAUCUGUCAUGAAUGCUAUUGGCGUUUGUGGGUUGCAACUUUACCGCUAUGGAGAGACCAUCUCUAUACCUUUCUUCACAGAGACAUGGAGACCGGAUAGUUUCUACGAGAAAAUUCAGAACAGUCGUCGACUUGGCUUGCAUACUCUUUGCCUACUAGACAUCCGUGUUAAGGAGCCAACACUUGAGUCCUUAUGCAGAGGAAAGAAAGUGUACGAACCAGCAAGAUUCAUGACCGUGAACACUGCAAUAAGUCAGCUUUUGGAGGUGGAGGAACUGCAUGGGGGAUCUGCAUAUGGUCCAGAUUCGCUAUGUAUGGGUGUAGCUCGCCUUGGAAGCGAUGAUCAGAAGAUUGUGGCUGGCCCCAUGAAGAAACUACUAGAUGUUGAUUUUGGACCACCCCUUCACUGUCUCAUUAUAGUGGGAGAGACUCACCCUGUGGAACAAGAGAUGCUAGAAUUCUACAUGAUCAAGUAGUGAUGAGCUUUCAUGUGAGUUUCACUCCUUCCCUCACCGAAGAAAAUCUAUGGUUAUUAAAAGGGAUCUUUACACCUUUUGCUGUCACCAAUGUUCACUCAUUGUCUAUUCAUGUCUACAUUAUUA